CCGUCAAACAAACAGUGCUUUAGUUUAGCAAUGCUACUUCACACUCCUACAGUUCCAAAACCAGAAGACCCUGACUCCAUCCGUCAAUGCGAAAAGUUUCCAACCAUUUCCUGAAUUUCUACUCGGGACACUGAAACCCUAAACAUGAUAGGAAGAAAGAAAAAUCUCAAAAUCAAACAAGUAUGGCGAAGAAAAGGUUCAUCAGCAUCCACUUCAGUAUCGGCCCGGCCUCCCCCGCCGCCGUGGACAGAGCUGCCACGGGACAUAACGGCCAACAUAUUGCAGAGACUGUCGGUAGUCGAUAUACUGGAGAGUGCACAGAAAGUGUGUACGACCUGGCGCAGUGUUUGCCUUGAUCCUGCCAUGUGGCGAGUGAUUGACAUGUAUGAUUGUGCGGAUUACGAGGAUGAGCCUUACGAUAUGGAAAUCAUGGUCCAGCACGCUGUGGAUCGGAGCCAGGGCCAGUUGGUUGAUAUCAGCAUUGGGUCUAUUGGUACUGAUGAAUUGCUUGAGUAUAUUGCUGAAAGGUCAGGCAAGCUUAAGCGCCUUCGGCUUGCCUUUUGUGAUAGUAUAAGUGGUGAAGGUUUGACAGAAGCUGUUAAAAGAUUACCUUUGUUGGAGGAGCUGCACCUUUUCUUUAUCUCCAUGCCCAGUGAAGCCCUUGAAAUAGUUGGCUGCUCUUGCCCUUUGUUAAAGUCAUUUACAAUAAACACGAGAAGCAAUGAACUGCCACAUCAAGAAUGUGAUAAGGAGGCAGCUGCUAUUGCAAAAACCAUGCCAGGAUUACACCACCUUCAUCUCUUGGGAAAUAAGAUGACAAAUGAAGGCUUGAAAGCUAUUCUUGAUAACUGUGCAAAACUGGAAUCACUAGAUCUUCGGAAAUGUUAUUAUGUUAACCUGGAUGGUGAUCUAGGAAAACGAUGCUCUCAAGAAAUUACACAUCUGAGGCUCCCUAAUGACUCCACGGCAGAUUAUGAGUUUGAUGAAGAACUUGAUGACUGUGAAGGACUUCAUUACUCUGAUUCAUUUGAUGUCUACUCCUCUGGGAUUUCUGACUUUGAUGUUUCUGACUAUGAUUAUUAUUUUGAUGAUUUUGAGGACUUCACUCUCUGGGACAUGGAUUCUGACUAUGCAGCUUUCCUUGGGCUCUGUUAAUAGAUGGUCCCUAUUAGCUGCAUCUAUCAUGCAUGUGAUGCUAGUCCAUCCACUGGAGCAGCUGCAGGAAAUUUCGAUUGAAAGGGCUCUAGCCUUUUCUGUUCUUUGCAAAUUGUUUCUGUUUGGUGCUCUGCGGCCAGGAGCAUUUUGGACUCCAAAAUUCCCUUACUGCGGGGUAGACCUUCAGGACACCAGCCCAUGGCUUUGCAUAUAUGUACUUUCUUCCUAAUCCCUGUGCGUGGGUAUUUAAGCUUGUUUUAAUACUGUCUUGUGGCUGUUGUUAAAUUUGCACCUUAUGGAGACGGCAAUGCCCUGUCUCUCUUUUUUACAUAAUGUGCCCAUCCUUUGAAAUUUUACUUCGAAUAUUUUCCAUGGACG